AUGGAGCAGCUGCAGACCUUCCUGGGCCCAUACGCCCUGCUUGGAUAUGUCGAGGAACAGCAGCCCCACCCUACGCCAAACACGCAGCCGCUGCUGCAGAGCGUGCAGUUUGCGCAGGUGCACCCACAGCAGGCCCUGCCCGAGCAAGAAGGACAGCAGGAUGUGCCACCCGGGAGACACUCACGGCAGCAGCAACCGCACGAGCCCAUGGAGCUGCCUCCUAAGUCGCAGCAGCCGCAGCAACCCCUGCAGCGGUUGCCAGUGCAGGCCGAUCAUGUGCGCUGGCUGCGGAGCCAGCAGCGUGCAGCAGAGGCCGUGGCGCAGGUUCAGCAGGCGCAGGAUCUGAAGUGGCAUACAGAAGCCUAUGAUCAGUGGCAGCAAGCACACAAGGAGCAGCAGCUGCACCAGGAUAAGCUGCAGCAACAGCAAGGGCAGGUUGAGGGGCGCAAGCAGCAGCAGCAGCAGCAGCAGCAGCAGCAGCAGCAGGAGGAGGAGGAGGAGGAGGAGGAAAAGGAGGAGGUUGAAGAGGAGGAGGAGAGGGAGGAGGAGGAGGAUGAAGAGGAGGAGGAGGAGGAGGAGGAGGAGACUGAGAAGCACGCCGAACAGGUGCAGGCACAGGAACAUGCAUCAGAACAGCAGCCAAGCCAGCUGAUGGCUGCGCGCGUGACACGAAGCGGGCGCGCCGGUCGUGGACUGACCGACCUUCCCGACUCCAUUCUGGCUGAAAUCGUGCAACGCCUCGUCCCUUCCAAGGCGCACAGCGCGCUCUGGCCCAAGUCAGAGAUCUUCCUUCAAACCCUCGGCCUUGCCCUCACCUGCAAGCGCGCCUUCACCGUGGUCGCGUCCCUGGUCUGGUGGCCGCACUGCUGGGCGUACAGUGCAGGGCUGCCGGCGCUGCCCCCCGAGGUGGCCGCCUUUGGCACUGCUUCGGAAGAGCCGCGACUGCGGCUCAAGCCGCAUGAUGUUCCCAUCGCCAAUGUUGACACCCUCAAGAAGUGA